UUGCAAUCAGUGAUUUACUGAGAGUAGUGAAAGGUACUGGUGCUGGAGGGGGUGUGAGUUCAGAGGCUAGCGGGGGAAAAUGAAGACUCUGAGCUCUAGUAUUAAGCUGCUAAUCUGCUGCGGUGACGUCCACGCAUUUGAAAUGAAAAAAAAAAUCUGUUUAAUGUCCGACCUGAACACAAACAAAUAUCUACAUUGAUCAUUUUAAUAUUGGCAUUAGGGUGGCAUCUAAUUAUUUUAUGGUAUUUCCUGUAGAAUCAAAUAGUAAGGUGCAUUAAAAAGAAUAAAAGGUAAACUGACUUAAUCCAAUUUAAAGUGCCAGGGUUGAAAUGGGGAGUUGAUGCAUGUUCUGAAUUAAUCGAGGACAGUUCAUGUGUCAUUCCAUGACAUCAUAUCACCGACGUCCACUCGUGCAAACAAAUUGGAUCAUGGGGUAACCUAAUCUUCUUACUCCUGAUAAACCUAAUAUCUUCCAAGAAAGAGUGAUCAGGUUCGGCGCACAAAGACACUGUGCCAACAUUUAAAUUAAGAUAAUCAACAGAUAAAAAUGUCUGACAGAAUCGUGGAUGAGGAACCAGUGACUGUAACUCACACAGGACCAAAGGGUGUCAUCAAUGACUGGCGUAAAUUUAAAUUGGAAAGCAUGGACCAGGAGGUUCUGCCUCCCAGCAAGAGAGAGCUGCUAAGACAGAUGUCGUCUCCUCAAAAACCCAAAGACGUUUGUGUGGGUGGAUUCAAUCGCAAGAUGAGUGCUCAGGAGUAUGAGUUGAUAAAGGAAGAUGAUGAGAAAAGUCUGCGUAAGUACCGCAAGCAGUGCAUGCAGGAGAUGCACGAGCGCCUGAGCUUCGGGCCCAAAUUCGAGGCCGUAUAUGACCUUGACAGUGGCGAGGCCUUUUUAGAGGUCAUUGAGAAGGAGCACCGGCUCACAGUGGUGGUGGUGCACAUCUACAAAGAUGGAGUGAAGGGGUGCGAGGCACUUAACAGCUGCAUGGAUUGCUUGGCCACCGAAUAUCCCAGCGUUAAAUUCUGCCGCAUUAAUGCAGCUGCCACCGGAGCUGGCGAGCGUUUCCCAGAUGAAGUUCUGCCCUCCUUGUUAGUGUACAAGGCUGGAGAGCUGCUGGGGAACUUCCUGGCUGUUACGCAGCAUUUCAACGAGGAGUUCUUUGCUACCGAUGUAGAGGCCUUCCUCAAUGAGUAUGGAUUGCUGCCAGAAAAGGAGUGUGGCCCUGGAGCUGAGGAGGAGGAAGCAGAUGUGGAGUGAUAAAAGAUGGCAAAAAGUAAGAAUGGAUGAAAUGAAUGGAAGGAAUGUUUUUCUGAAUCUGACAAGAAUAAGUUUCAUUAUUCUUCAGUUAACAUGAUGAGAUGCAUCUGUUUGCACACAAAGCUCAACCUAAAGAUCUCUUUGAGCACGGUAGAGAAAACUACUAAAUGUUUUGUACAGUUUUAAAAGCAACAUGGAAUGGAAUCAAGUCAAGAAAGAUAACGACAUAUUAAACUAUCAUGUUUCCUCUUAUAAACAAAUAGACAACUGCAUGAUUGUGAAAUAGACAAGAAUGAAUUAGUGUCAUGUGGAAUACGGUACAUGUGAUUGCAUAUAGCAAAAGAUUGUGCAAAUAAGAAUGGCCCAGGAUCGUUUUUCAGAAGCAGCAAAACAUUAUAUUUUCUAAUGGCUUCCAAACUGUGAGUUGCUUCUUAAACUAUGCAUGCCCAUCUUUUUGAUUUUCUGUAUACAGAAAUUUCAUGAGGUUCAAGCAGUAAUAUUUGAUUGUUUUACUUUUGGUUUGCACAAAAGUACUGUAAAUUGGUUUGGCUGGUAUUUUGCAUAAACCAGGUGGUUUUGAUGUAAACUGUAUUUUUAGGCAUACAUAAAUAAAUGCAAAUGGGAACAUUCAGCAUUUCCUCUGCCUGUAAUAUAGAUUUAGUUAAAAAAAAAAAAAAAUCUAGAAUUAAUUACUUAAACACAUGCUCCACUUAAACACAAAUUACAUGUCACUCCAAAGAAAGCAUUUGAAGAACAGAAUCAAUCAAGGAAGCAAUAAAGUGAAAAAGAAUUUGCAAA